AGAAGUGUGACAUACUUAAAACAAAGGCCAAAGCAACUGUGAGCUUUAGUGUUUUCAUCAGCAUUCGUCCACCCAGCAUUAGCAACUUAUUCAAAGCUGCAACUAGAGAAAAAGGAAAUCUAUUGGCUGAGAACCGGGACAGAGGUGAGAAAAGCCAGGAGGAGGGCAGAGCCGCAGGAAACCACGAGCGAACAGAUAAGGCUUCAGGAGAGAAUCUGGCCAGAUAAACAGUGGCAAAAACAACCGAAGGAAGAAAAAGAAGCGCUUUCUUCGAUCCGCACAGAGAAACUUAGCAGAGGAUCUGCGGCCGUCCCGAAAAGAAGUGAGAAAAACUGCAUCCAACCUGGAGGAGGAACAGCAACAGGUCCAGAGGGCCACACAGCACAACUUCGCCAUGAGUCUGAGCAGCACUCUGGAGAAGGGGGCCCACCACCAAGCCUUGGACCUCUCCGAGGAGCUGCCUCCCCACCUCCAUCACCACUCCAACCACCAUCAGCAUCUUCACCAUUCCAACUCCCUGGCCUCCACCACAGCUGUGGGCGGAGGUAGAGAAACCCCGUCGCGCGUGGUCAUACCGCCUCCUUAUUCCGCCGCCGACGGGGGAGCCGGGGGUAGCGAGGCUCCUCUGGAGCUCCGCGGCUCGCUCGACUGCUGGGCCUGCUCGGUGUUGGUGACGGCCCAGAACCUGGUGAUCGCUGCCAUCAACGCCUGCCUCGCCGCCGUGGUGUUUGGCACCAUCCUGACCCCGGCCAUCGUCAUGGUUGUGUUCGGCUUCCUGUGCCACUCUACGGUGCGUCCUCACGGCUCCAUCCCCUACUGCUCAGACCUGCUGACCGACGGAGGCUGCGUGGCCCUGCUGGUCGUGGGCUUCCUCCUGGUCACCCCUCUGCUGGUCCUCGCCUUGGCGGCCUACUGCCGCCUCGCCCGGCACCUCCAGCUGGGCCUGUGCUUCAUCCCUUACAGCCGGGCCGUGUACAAGAACCUGCCGCCCACCCAGCACCACGGCCUGGGCACCGGCUGCUGCGGCGGCGGCAGGGACGGAGGCGAGAGCGGCGGGAAGGGAAAGGUCUGGGUGUGAGGAAGAGGAGAACGGUUGAGAAGCAGCAGGAGGAAUAAAGCAGAAGCAAAGCCAGAGGAUGUAUAAUGUUUCAUAUCAAAGCAGAACAAUACCUGGGAUGGGAGGUGAGGCUACAGGCGUGUCUGUGGAGGAAAUCAUCCCCCCCAAAAAAAAAAAAUCCCAUUUUCCUUCAACUGGAACUUCUUUUUUGGUAGCUUUCAAUUAUUAAAAGUACAGAUUACGCUUCACUUAAUGAGUUUUUGCAGCGAGUCCUGUCAGCUUGCAGUUGAUCAAACUGCAGGUUCAAAAAUAAAGCAACAGCUUGACAGAAAAAAAAAGGAGCAGAAAUGUGACAAAUUGAAUCUAAAGCCAUCCAUAUUAACCGGACAUGCAGGCAUCUGUCUUCCUCUGAAUAAACCACAGGAAAGAGGAAAUCUGGAAAUAGCGCCGGGUGAUAACACAAAUACGUCUCUCACAUUUUUGCAUCGUCAAGGAAAAGAAUUGUACUGGUGAGGUGUAGUUUAUUGUUCAGCUUUGUGAAUUUUGCUUGCGUCGCUUCCUCUUUUUAAAAAAAAUAAAAUAAAGUUCUUGGAUUUUUUGACAA